UUUAACAUGGUGUAGUAUGUGAUUGUGUGAGAGUGAGACAUAAGGAGUUUAACCAAGCGCUCCACAUCCAAAGAAGUUUUCGUUUGAAUGUAGGUUAGGCCUGGUUAAAAUAAGAUAAUUAUUCUUUUAUUUGGUGAUUGACAACAUUGGUUAUGUCGUCUUUAAAACAAACUUCGAUGAGUGCGUCACAGUCAUCUCAAGCAACGCCGGCACAGGAGUUCUCUAUACGGGUUCCGAAGGCCUCUAGGAAGAGACAUCACGUUAUGAGGUUCAACUCAGUUCUCAACGUAGACUUUGCAAAAUGGGGUCCAGUGAAGAUGGAAAGGGAGAACAAUGCAAAGGAAUUUGCAAGACCUGAUGAUGACAUGCCAAAAUUUGGUGCUGGUAGUGAAUAUGGCAGAGAGGCUAAAGAAGAGGCUCGGCGUAAGAAAUUUGGUAUCGUUAGCAAAAAGUAUAAACCAGAAGAUCAGCCAUGGAUACUCAAAGCUGGAGGCAAAACAGGAAAGAAAUUCAAAGGUAUCCGUGAAGGAGGAGUGGGGGAGAACGCAGCUUACUAUGUGUUCACGCACGCUGCAGACGGAGCCAUCGACGCCUACCCUCUGUGUGAAUGGUACAACUUCCAACCCAUCAACAGGUACAAGUCACUCUCGGCAGAGGAGGCUGAACAAGAGUUUGGAAGGCGAAACAAGGUGAUUAACUACUUUUCUCUGAUGUUGCGGAAACGGUUGAGGAAUGAUGAAGACGGAGAUUUGGAUGAAGAGGAAGGGAAAACAAAGCGAGGAAAUUCAAAAAAGUCUAAAGACUUCAAGAUAUCUGACAUGGAUGACUGGAUGAACACUGAUGACGAUGAUUCGGAGGAAGAUGAAGACAACGAUGACGAGGAGAAGAAAGAAAAGAAGAAGAAGAAACAGAAGAAUGAUAAAAACAAGAAAAAUGCUGCAAAGAAGAAGAAGAAGGGCGGCUCUGAUGAUUCUGCCGUGGAGGAAAGUGAUGAUGGAGAUGAAGAAGGUCGAGAACUAGACUACAUCUCCGAUUCUUCCGAUAGCGACUCUGACCAUGAAGCCAAGAUCGACAAAGAUAUGAAAGGAGUUGCUGAAGAGAGUGCCUUGCGUCGUCUGCUGAGUUCAGGCGAAGAGGACGAGGAGGAUGAGGAAGACAAGGAGAAGAAGAGUGAAGCAGAUGACAAGGAGGAUGAGGAUAAGGAGAAAAGUGGGAAGAAGAAGAAGAAAGCCACCAAGAAGGAGAAAGAAGAAAAAGAAGCCAAGGCCAAGGCGGAUGAAAAUGAUGAGUCAUCGAGUGAGUUCAAUGCUGAAAGUUCAGAUUCUGAUGCUGAUAACAAAACAAAAACUCAGCAAAACAGUGCCAGUAGUUCUCGAUGCACCAGCCCAGCUACUCAAGCAGAUAAGAGAGCAGGCACUUCAUUGGAGGGUUCUGCGGCUAAGAAAGCCCGACUGGAACCUCUUCCUCUCAAUUUCAACAGCUCUGAUAGUGGCAUCACAGAGGACGCAGUUCGACGUUACCUGAUGCGAAAGCCCAUGUCGACUACAGAACUGUUGCAAAAGUUCAAGAGCAAGAAGACGGGACUUACGUCGGAACAGCUGGUGAACGUAAUGACACAGCUGUUGAAGAAAAUCAACCCUCAUAGACAAACGAUCAAAGGGAAAAUGUUCUUCUCGCUGAAACCUGUUUGACGUUUUAUUGUAAUCGGUAUAUUUUUUGUUUAUUGUUCUUUAAAUCUUUAAUUUACAUUUUGAACUCGUA